AUGAGGCUGGCCUUAAAGGGCUAUGGGGCUUUCGCCUAUAGCAGUUGUCUUUGGCUAAAAAGAGCCAAAAAGGACCUGAAAGGAAGGAAGGCCCACACCAGCCCCGUGACAGAGCUGGAGACGGCCAUUUGUUCAAUCAUCAAAGUCUUCAACUGGUAUGCGAUCAUCAAGGGCAGCGAUUGGAGGCUGGGGGUUGGGGGGGUGGAGACACUAAUACAGAGGGAGCUCCCAGGUCUCCUGAAGCUAAGAAAGGACAAAGAAGGUCUGAACAAACUGCUUAAGGAACUAGAUGCUAACAGAGAUGCCCAGGUGGAUUUCAGUGAGUUCAUGGUGUUUGUGGCUGUGCUCACCUCUGCCUGUCACUACUCUGCCCUCAUCCUGGGUAUGGGGUUCAGCAAUUGA